UCGUCUCUCCCUCCCUCCUAAAAACAGCAACACACACCUCGCUAUUACCAAUAACUCUGAGCUCCUUCACCAAAGCCACCAAAAAAUACAAGAAAAAGAAUGACUCUGAACUUAGGCUCACCUUGGCGCUCUCGCCUCUCAUACCCUCCGCACCUCCCUAAACUCUCCGAGUCCUCCCCAAAAUCCAAUUUCGCUCUGUUAUCUCUCUUGCUAGCAGCUUCUGCCGGCUUCAAAAACUCUAUACAUUCCUCUUCCAGAGCCUUUACAGCAAGAGCUUCCCUAAGCGAGGGUAACUCCGUCCCGGAACUUCUGCUCUCUGACGACGAGGAGCUGCUUUCUCGUGUCUCUGCUGCUAAAGACGCCAAUGAAGCCUUGGAGAUCAUCGCCGAUAUUUCUAACACAGGUAGCGGCGUCGUUGGUAUCUCUGAUUGUUGCCGUAUUAUAACAGCCGCGCUUGAGCGCAACAAUGCUGAGCUGGCAUUGUCUGUUUUCUAUGCCAUGCGUUCCAGCUUGGAUCAAGGUGUUAGUGAGAAUGGUCCUGUGAUUGAGAGAUGGAAGUGGUCGAGGCCGGAUGUGAGUGUUUACAUUGCAUUAGUUCAGGGUCUUGCUUCAUCUUUGAAGGUUUCAGAUGCACUUAAGACGAUUGAUUACAUUUGCCGAGUGGGAGUAUCUCCUGGUGAAGAGGUCCCUUUUGGGAAGGUUGUGAGAUGUCCAACCUGUAUGGUAGCUGUUGCUGUUGCACAACCUCAGCACGGCAUUCAGAUUGCAUCUUGUGCUGAGUGCCGUUACCAGUAUGAGCUUGUUUCUGGGGACAUAAUUACUAUAAACUCGGAGGAAAUCAGUAAGGAUCUUCCAGCAUGGGAAAAGGGGCUAAGAUUUCUUCAGCUGAUGAACCGAAGCAUUCCUGCAGCUGUUCAUUCCAUUGUGGUACAAACCCCUUCUGGAAUGGCACGUACACACAGAUUUGCUACUGAAACAGUUGAUCUCCCAGCACAAGAAGGAGAAAGGGUAACCAUUGCUUCUGCUCCAUCAGAUGUUUAUAGAAGUGUAGGGCCCUUUAAAUUUAGUCCAAAGGCCCCCAACACAUACAAUGGUGAACCAUUGUGCCUAACAAACCAUAGAAAUGGUCGGGAGUCACUUUUGUUGAGAGCCCCUGUUAAAGAUGGAAAAAUAUCUUUACUUAAUCCUACUGUCCUCAUUCCACUGCUUGCUGUGCUGGCUACUGGAGAUGCUGCUUCUGGAAUAAUUGAUCCCAGCCUUCCUCAAUUCCUUUCAGUUGCUGCCAUUGCAUCUCUAGGCGUUGGAGCUACACUAAAUACACUGAUCCUUCCCCAAUUGAAUCAGCUUCCUCAGAGAUCAGUGGAUGCAGUUGCUAUCAAGCAGCAGCUGUUAUCUCAAUAUGAUGUACUUCAGUCUCGCAUCAAGGACCUAAAAGAAGCUGCUGAGAAAGAGGUUUGGUUGUUGGCUAGGAUGUGUCAGCUGGAGAACAAAAUUUUAGCCGUUGGAGAACCUGCUUAUCGUGCUAGGAGAACUAGGGUCAAAAAGGUCCGAGAAGGCUUAGAAAGUUCCCUCAAGGGUCGGAUAGAACUCAUUGACAGCUAUGCGAGAAUUUCUUCAAUGAUUGAAAUUGAAGUGGAAAUGGACUCUGAUGUUCUUGCUGCUGAAUCAGUGAGCGAUGCCGAAAGCAUCGGUAAACAGAUAGAACAAAUAAUGGAGCUGGAAAACCUUGAAGAGAGGUGGAGACUACAAGCUGAAGCAAAUGAUGAGGCUGAGAGACUUCUCAGUUCACAACAGAUACCUACAGAGCGGGUUUAGACAUGUUAUUGGUUAUCUCAAUGAACCAUAUUCCAGUCUCUUUGGCCCUGACAUCCAUCGUAUUGGAUCGCAUUUCUGGUGCAGAAAUCUCUUGUUGGCUGAAUCACCCUGAAAGCCUGCAACGAUUCCUGUUACACGAAUUCUCAAUUCAAGAAUUAAAUCUUUGCACAUCUGGAAAUGGAGCACCAGAAGGUAGGUAAUUCACUGUGCCAUGGCUUAAAAUUGUUCCAGCAAAUUGUUUGAGUAAAUUAAUUAGGUUCAAAAUAUAUAAUGUAAGCAUGUAUAAUAGAUUAAUAAUACUCCUCUUUCUAAAUCUUGAAAUUUGAUCUCCUCUGUAAAUUGUUGUGGGGGCACAAAUACUUGUAAAAUUGGAGCAAUACUUUCUCUCUCCAGGUUAUUGUACAAUAGAAAAAUUCUGAUUAUUUCUGCACAAAGAACUGAGAAUCAUCCCAUGUUGACUUAUUAUAUCAAGUUUGGACUACUGAGCUAGGCCUAAGAAAGCUGAACAUUCUCAAAACUGUACGCACCUCUCUUGUCCUUGUUCAAUCUUUUUCAAUUUGUUGACAUUAGAACUUUUUAGUCGAUCAAAUACUCGUAUCCGAGUAGACAUGCAAGUGAAUUCCUCCACUACUGACCGUUUGGUACAAGGAAUUUUAAAAAAUAGGUAGCACGCAGAUUUCAUGGAUGAAUAAACCUUGCGUUCUUAGUCAAUCAACUGCUACUAGCUCACCUAAUUAGCUUUGCCGUUAGUCCAAGUAAACAUAUUAUCUGGCUGGCUCACCCAAUACUUUAGAUCUUAUCAACUCUCCUUCCUUUUGUUUUUAUUAUCCUUGAUAUUUUGGCAGAGGAAAUAAUGGCUUGCGUUUGUGUUGCUUUCUUCCACAUUAGUUUCUAAAUUGUAAAGGUUUUAGCUUCAGCUUUACCUUUUAGUUUGAUUCAAGCUUCAGCUAAUAGGCUUUAGCUUCAAUAGCAUGAAAAGUGAAAAGUCACGCUUAAUGUAAAGCCAAGAUAAAAAGAGUAACAUGCAGUCCGUGGUUCAAGCAGGAACGACUCAUUGUUUUGAAUAAUGGAUUGGACGGUCCAUUCGGCUGAAUGAUUUUAUUUUAAUUUAACAAUUGCGUUUAA